GACGCUGAUUUUCAGUUGGAUCCGAGCCUAGGUCGAGAUAGGCAAACCACUGAAAGUCGUCAUCAGUCGCGGGUUGCCUACUUGCCAACAGUGCUGUGGAUUUUCAGUGAUUUCAAUGAUUUGGAUUAAGAUCUGACGGUCAGUUUAAUGUUGUGGAAGCCACUUCGAACCGAGAAAAUGGAAGCCAAUUACGGGGAGCUUUCAUUCGCUUUGUUCGAAACUCUCGUUGCCUUAUUAAACGAACAAUAAGCAAUCGAUUGAAGGGUACCUACACCGUGUAAAUACGUGCUAAUAACACCAGUGUUGCGAUGAAAAGUCGUUGUGGAAGAAUCGAUAAACGUGGUGCCGAGUUAUAACACCUGAUCUAGUGCAGUGUUUAGUGUGAUUAGUGGGACAAUGGGGUGCGAGUUAGGGAAAUUGGCCUCGAGUGGCGGGUCGGGGAAUCACCGGAAACCGGACGAAAGUGCUCCGCCUGCCACUGUCGACCCGAGACUACCGCUUACUGCCAAACAGAAGUACAACAUGCUGGCCUCCUGGAAGGGCAUCAGCAGGGCCAUGGAGUCCACGGGAGUUUGCAUGUUCUUAAAAUUAUUCGAAGAACACGCCGAGCUGCUGACUUUAUUCGAGAAAUUCAAAGAGCUGAAGACGAAGGAGGAUCAAGCCAAUAGUUUAGAAUUAGCUGAGCAUGCCAGCACGGUUAUGAACACGCUGGACGAAGGUAUCAAGGAACUCGAUAAUUUGGACACCUUUUUUGAAUAUUUACACCAAGUUGGAGCCUCGCAUAGACGGAUACCUGGGUUCAAAGUGGAGUAUUUCUGGAAAAUCGAAAAGCCGUUCCUGACGGCGGUGGAGACGACGUUAGGAGACCGCUACACGGAAAACGUGGAAAACAUCUACAAAAUUACGAUAAAAUUCAUCAUUGAAACGCUGGUCAAAGGCUACGACAAUGCCAACGCGCCAACGUGAAAACCACCAGACUGAUACGAAUUAUAGCCCGUCACUGCUAUAUAACCCGAAAAAACUACUAAAAAUAAUAAAACAAAAAAAUAUCUCUUGUGAUGAGUGGGUGGAUGAGACGCCGAAUGCAUUACAGACUGUUGUGUUGUAGAUAUAUUGUAUGCUUAUGUGCUUAUACGCCUUCCAUUUGGUAUAACUUGGUUUCGAGGGUUAGCUGAUGUCGUUAGUUUAUAAUUUUUGUUGAAAUUAAAGUAAUGUCUGUCACUGAGUUUCAUUCAUCAAUUAUUCCGGCAAAAAUUGAUUGCAGCGUUACUUUGAUUAGAGUUCUUGUAUUUGUCGAAAUAGGUCAAUUGUGAGUCAAUUUUCCAAAAAGUACCAAGAUUUUAUAUAAAAUGACCCCGGACCCAGAUCUAGUUCUACGAAAUCCAUCAUUAAGUUUGUGUGUCAAUAGCGAGCCAAUGGUUAUGUGGAGAGCCUUAACAUUAUAACAUAUUGUAAAUAUUAUACAAUUACUGAAUCACACAAUACGUUUUUAUAUGAUAAAUCAUUAUUAAUAAAUUAUGAAAAUGUGAACAAAUUGUUAAUUAUUACGUAUUAUACUUAAGUAUGAUGAUAUUAAAGAUGUGUAUUUUGUGCUACACAUUAUAUGUAUGUACUCAUAGUAUACUGUAAAUGUAUUAUUAUCAUGUUCACCAACAAUGAUCAGAUUCAUGUUAAUCGUAUAAGAAGACAUUGUUAUUUAUGUAUUAUUAUAUAUAGUUAUAUGUA